AUGGUUCUCGACAAAUCACCACCAACCGACAUACAUCAACCAAUCUCCCUUCCCUCCCCUUCCCUCCGAUCAAUUCAUCUCCCACGACACCAUCCUCACCCUCCAUCCCCCUUCCUCCCAUCCUCCGACCAAAGCCCACAAAACCUCCGACACCGACCUAUCAAGCCACCACAAGGAUACCCCCAGCACACACCCGCCCCGAAAACCCCAGCUAACACCGGUAAACGCGGGAGUCAGUAUGCGUGUCUUGGCGGAUGGCGAUUCUCGCCACUUUCCCCCGGUACGGGACCUAGCCAUUUCCUGUUCCUGGUUCCUAUCAGCCGCGUGUUCGCGCCUGAGGAAUGGUGGGUCUGGUAUUGUUAA